GAAAUGCUGAUGGAAUUGAUACUAACUGUGAACAUUGUGAGAAACUAUUUGGAUGGACAGAAGAGUGGACCGCAGCUGAAUGCUCAGCUAGAAGGUUGGCUCUCACAAGUACAGUCUACAAAAAGACCUGCUAGAGCCAUUAUUGCACCCCAUGCAGGGUACACGUACUGUGGGUCUUGUGCUGCUCAUGCUUACAAACAAGUGGACCCAUCCAUUACCCGGAGAAUUUUCAUCCUUGGGCCUUCUCAUCAUGUGCCCCUCUCUCGAUGUGCACUUUCCAGUGUGGAUAUAUAUAGGACACCUCUGUAUGACCUUCGUAUUGACCAAAAGAUUUACGGAGAACUAUGGAAGACAGGAAUGUUUGAACGCAUGUCUCUGCAGACAGAUGAAGAUGAACACAGUAUUGAAAUGCAUUUGCCUUAUACAGCUAAAGCCAUGGAAAGCCAUAAGGAUGAGUUUACCAUUAUUCCUGUACUGGUUGGAGCUCUGAGUGAGUCAAAAGAACAGGAAUUCGGAAAACUCUUCAGUAAAUAUCUAGCGGAUCCUAGUAAUCUCUUUGUGGUUUCUUCUGAUUUCUGCCAUUGGGGUCAAAGGUUCCGUUACAGUUACUAUGAUGAAUCCCAGGGGGAGAUUUAUAGAUCCAUUGAACAUCUAGAUAAAAUGGGUAUGAGUAUUAUAGAACAAUUAGACCCCGUAUCUUUUAGCAAUUACUUGAAGAAAUACCAUAAUACUAUAUGUGGAAGACAUCCCAUUGGGGUGUUAUUAAAUGCUAUCACAGAGCUCCAGAAGAAUGGAAUGAAUAUGAGUUUUUCCUUUUUGAAUUAUGCCCAGUCAAGCCAGUGUAGAAACUGGCAAGACAGUUCAGUGAGUUAUGCAGCGGGAGCACUCACGGUCCACUGAAGCUCUGAAUCCUCAGGGAUGCCACCUGCACAUACUCAUUCUCUGUCCGGGGUCCCAGCCUAGCCCUUACCAAGAUACUGGUCCUGGUUUGGGGGGAUUCUGAAACCUCAAACUAAUAGAACUUUCUUCUCUUCUUUUCUAGUAGGUGUAGUCCUUCCUUAAUUUCAACUCAUUAAAAAAUGCUUUAUAGUUUAGGGCAGUGGAAGGAAGGCUGGCAUCAAAAUCCUUUGAUCAAAAAAGAUGGCAAUGUAAAGGCCCAGUUGUGAGAGACAAUUUUUUGAGAGUAACUUGUAAAGCAUUUACCAUAUCCUAAAUUUGCACUCUUUGCAGACUUGUGCACAUAUAUUCCGCUUUCAGAAUAGUUUUGCAAAUUGUACACAAACAAACAAAAAAAAGGGUGGAAGCUUUUUAAUAAAUUGCAUUUAUAAAUGAUCUGUAUUAGAAUAUAAUAAAUCUCCAGUUAUAGUCAAUUACUACCCGUGUUGUACAACAGAUACCUUCUAUUUUAGUUGCUAAUAAAGGGCUACACAACUCAAAAUAGUCUGAUUUAAACUUA